UCGACCUCCGGCAACUUCACAAGGAGAUUUGAUGUAUCCGACCAAAAUAGAGAGAAGGAGAAGAAGAAAAAGAAAGAAGGCCGAUUUCCAAAAAUUCGACCUCUCGACAACAAUUUGUGGAAAUUCGACCUCUCCGACAAUGAUUUGUGGAAAUCGUCAAAUUCGACCUCUCUGGCAAGAAAGUUCGACCUCACCUGCUCCGUUCGAUUUGUGAAAAUGGGCAGCCCCAGCCUCGAUUUUGUUCGCAAAACGAAGCAAAAAAAUGAGAAGAAGAUGAAGCCAAAAUACUCGUUCUCCAUUUACAGUUCUGUUGCACCACUCGAACGGGCUUGGCACAACUCGAAUAGCGAUCGGGUUCUGUUGCACCAUUGCGAUGGGGCUUGGCUGCGGCGAAAUCAAUUUUAG